GACCCCUGCGUGGGAUGAGCCGUUGGCCAGCCCUGGAGCGUCUCGCGUGCCCAUCUUGGGUAACGUCGAGCACUUCAGCGGACAUUAUAUCUGGCGUCGCGACGCCUUCGACCCUCAGCCGCUCCGCAGUCGCCCGUCAAUUCACUACUCAUUCCCACGAAGUCAUAAAUAAAAACCACUGAAAAUGUGUGACGACGACGUAGCCGCUCUUGUUGUUGACAAUGGAUCCGGUAUGUGCAAAGCCGGUUUCGCCGGAGAUGACGCGCCACGUGCCGUCUUUCCAUCCAUCGUAGGUCGCCCCCGUCAUCAGGGUGUGAUGGUCGGUAUGGGUCAAAAGGACAGCUACGUGGGAGAUGAGGCCCAGAGCAAGAGAGGUAUCCUCACCCUGAAAUACCCCAUCGAGCACGGAAUCAUCACCAACUGGGAUGACAUGGAGAAGAUCUGGCAUCACACCUUCUACAACGAAUUGAGAGUCGCACCCGAGGAGCACCCAGUCCUCCUGACCGAGGCUCCCCUCAACCCCAAGGCCAACAGGGAGAAGAUGACACAAAUCAUGUUCGAAACCUUCAACAGCCCGGCCAUGUACGUCGCCAUCCAGGCCGUGCUCUCGCUCUACGCCUCCGGACGUACCACCGGUAUCGUCCUCGACUCCGGCGACGGUGUCUCCCACACCGUGCCCAUCUACGAGGGUUACGCCCUUCCCCAUGCCAUCCUCCGUCUCGACUUGGCCGGUCGCGAUCUCACCGACUACCUCAUGAAGAUCCUCACCGAGAGGGGCUACUCCUUCACCACCACCGCCGAGCGGGAAAUCGUUCGCGACAUCAAGGAGAAGCUCUGCUACGUGGCCCUCGACUUCGAGCAGGAAAUGGCCACCGCCGCCGCCAGCACCUCCCUCGAGAAGAGCUACGAGUUGCCCGACGGACAGGUCAUCACCAUCGGCAACGAGAGGUUCCGCUGUCCAGAGGCCCUCUUCCAGCCUUCCUUCUUGGGUAUGGAAUCCUGCGGCAUCCACGAGACCGUCUACAACUCCAUCAUGAAGUGCGACGUCGACAUCCGUAAGGACUUGUACGCCAACAACGUCCUCUCCGGAGGCACCACCAUGUACCCAGGUAUCGCCGAUCGUAUGCAAAAGGAAAUCACCGCCCUCGCUCCAUCCACCAUUAAAAUCAAAAUCAUCGCACCACCCGAGAGGAAAUACUCCGUCUGGAUCGGUGGCUCCAUCCUUGCCUCUUUGUCCACCUUCCAACAGAUGUGGAUCUCCAAACAGGAAUACGACGAAUCAGGUCCCGGAAUCGUUCACCGCAAGUGCUUCUAAAUAUCUUCUCUCAUCAUCAAAGAAAAACCUUAUCCACCUACAAAAAAAAAAAAACAAAAACCUAUCCAAAGGUGGAUCGAAACAAAAAAAAUUCGACAAUCAUCAAUAUGUCGAAUCGUUAUCGUUAUCAAAAGUUGUUCUCCUGUCCCGGUUGGUCAGGAACAACUUCAUUAUCGUUUUAAUGUUCACGUUCAUAUUCUCAUCUCGUCUCGAAGGGCUUUUUUUCGACGAAUCGACGAAAAUAAAAGGGAUAAAAAAACACGGUGGGCUCUUCGUAACAGUGCAUCCACCAGAGGUUGCGUAGCUCCAAAAAGACAAUUAUUUUCGAAACAAAAAUUAGGAGGGGAAUUUUUUUUUCUUUUUUUUUUUUUUUUUUUGAAGUGUCCAGAGUCGCUUCUAUUUACUUCGAAAAGGACAUCUCGGACACUUGAUGAGGGGUGGGGAAGAAAAUUUGGAAAAAAUUGUCUAUGAACGAGCCACGCAGCAUCUUGGUGGUGCAACGCUUUGUUUUUUUUUACUGUCGCGCUAGAGAUCCGGCCGACUCCUCAAAGAUUAUAAUAUUAUAAUUAUGAUAUAGAAAUAACUGUAUAUCGCGUCUGUGUCUAAGUUAAUGUGUAAUCUAGUCUCACACCAGCGAACCGUAUAAACACCGGUAUUCACGUACAAUAUUAUAUCUAUAAUUUAAUUUAUUUUGUAAAUAUUAUAUAUUAUUAUAUUGUUAUACAAUGCCAAAGUCAAAGAAUAUACAUUAUCUCACAUAUUA